CUCCCAUUGGUCCCUCAGUGGAAGCGGCUCUGAUGCGUCGCGGUGACACAGCCGGGUCCGCGAAGAUAAAAAGAAAAGACGACGAGACGCGCAGGAGAAACUGAAGUACUGGAGGACGGAUAUCUGAUCUGUAGAUGCGUCUCUGCGAGUCCUUAACACGGCUGGAAGUCUCUGUCCAUCUCCUGAGGGAUCUGGUGAAGAAUGGAGUGGUAUGUCCUGGUGCUGAUGCUGAGCUUGCCUUCCUCCCUCCGCGCAGAUUGCUCUUCCCAGUGUGAGAAAUGCGUGCAGCAGAUCCUCAGCCCCGACGCCCCGUUCAGCAGCCUGUCGUGCAGUGCGGAGUGCGCGGGGCAGCUGCGGGGCUGCGGGCGCGAGGCUCCGGGGCUGGCGGACCUCAGCCAGGAUGGAGCCGCCGCGGAGGAGGCCAGCCAGCAGGCCGAUCUGGUCAAACGCUACGGCGGUUUCAUCAAGAGGAUCGACCGGAACAAGAACAAAAUCUUCGCCUCUCCGUGGCGCGACAAUUACAUAAUGAAGCCCGGAGCGCUGCCCGAGAAAUACGAGGACUUGUGGAAGACGCUGGGGGAGCGGGACGUGGACGUGGACUCGGACGUGGACGCGCCGCGGGACGCGGACGACGCCGCGGAGGACGGCGCGCUUCACAGUUACGCUAAACGGUACGGCGGCUUUUUACGCAAAUUCGGCCCCAAGUCGAAGAGGAGUAGCUCCGCGGAGCAGGAGAGCCAGGAGCCCGAGGAGCUGCACAAGCGCUACGGGGGCUUCCUGAGGAGGAUCCGACCGAAGCUGAACAACCUGAAGUGGGACAAGCGGUACGGAGGCUUCCUGCGCCGCAACUUCCAAACCUCAGAGCGCUCAGCCGAGGAGCCAUAUUACUCCUAUGAUGAGGAGCUGAGCCUAUAGAUGAACCGUGCGGGGGGGGGAUUAUAAAAACUAUGAAGAACUUGUGCAGGUUGACUUGAAAAAGCCACCAUUUAACCCAGAACGUAUCAUAUGCCUGCCUAUAUUGCUUAUUACAGCUUACUUUGUUGCCUUUUUGUGUAACAACUCUCAUCUCUGUGUUCUAUUGGCAUCGUUUGUCACUCAACCAAUCUAUCAAUAAAUUAUGCUUGUUUUAAUAAAACAAUGAAUAAAAAUCACUUUCGUGUAUGCCCAGCAAGUUAAAA